AUGAAGUUCCCGAAGUGUAUCCUACGUGCGCUGAAGGAUAAUGACAUUCACAUUCCAACUGCGAUACAGAUCCAAGGAAUCCCUGUGGCCCUCUGUGGUCGGGAUAUGAUUGGCAUAGCGUCAACAGGUUCUGGAAAAACAUUGACGUUCGCGUUGCCAUUGAUAAUGUUUUGCCUGGAGCAGGAGUACAUGAUGCCGUUCGAACGUGGAGAAGGGCCCUAUGCUUCUGGUCAUUGUGCCAUCGGUGAGCUCCGAGAAUUGGCCAGACAGAUUUAUGACGUUAUUGUGGACUUAUUUCAAGCGAUUGAACGUGAUUCCAAUAUGCCUAAGCUGAAAGCAGGCCUAUGCAUUGGCGGCGUUCCUGUCCGAGAGCAAGCUCAGGUCUUCAAGGAUGGAGUUCAUGUCUGUGUGGCUACACCUGGCCGUUUGUCAGAUAUGCUUACAAAGAAGAUCUUUCAAUUUGGAGCGUUCCAGGUGUGCCGUUACUUAGUGCUUGAUGAAGCCGAUAGAAUGUUGGACAUGGGUUUCGAAGACGAAUUAAAGUCAAUUUUUGCCUUCUUCAAAGCCCAACGACAAACUCUUCUCUUCUCGGCAACGGUAUGCCCGAAGAAAUUCAGAACUGGCCAAAAUCUUGGCACACUAGUUCGAUGUUGUCCGUCUCUGAUGAAGCGCCCACUGUUUCUUUGUGCUUCUCUCAAUUUGAGCGUUCAGGUUGUAAAUGUUGGACGAGCUGGUGCAGCUUCUCUGAAUGUAUUGCAAGAGAUUGAAUAUGUGAGGACAGAGGAUAAAUUGACGAGAGUUCUGGAUUGCCUACAGAAGACCGCACCGAAAGUCUUGAUAUUUGCUGAGAAGAAGAUGGAUGUCGACAAUAUUUACGAAUAUUUGUUGGUUAAAGGAGUCGAAGUUGCUUCCCAUUCCACGGUGGAAAAGCUUUCUUUUGUGAUUGCAGAGCAACGUGACAGGCAUAUUGGGAUAGACGAGUUCCGUCAUGGCCAGAAGGAUGUGUUAGUGGCAACGGACGUUGCAUCGAAGGGUCUCGAUUUCCAGGGCAUCGAGCACGUAAUUAACUACGACAUGCCGGAAGACAUUGAAAACUACGUCCAUCGGAUAGGACGUACUGGUCGUUCGGGUAAGCGCGGUAUGGCGACUACAUUUAUCAAUAGGAAAGCAGACCUCUCGGUAAUGCAAGAUUUGAAGCAGCUGCUUGUUGAAGCUGGUCAGGAGUUGCCAGCGUUCCUUCGAGAUUUGGCUGGAGAAGCUGAAGAAGCACCAACAGAUAACGCCGAUGACAAGGGCUGUGCCUAUUGUUCUGGUCUUGGCCAUCGAAUCACGAAUUGUCCUAAGCUGGCUGGAAUCAAUACCAAGGCUGCGCAGUCAUUGGCUCGGGCUGGCGAUGAUGAUGGAGCAUACUAG